AUUAAAAUGUCAUUAGCAAAGGAUAAGAUCAUUGAGGAUCUUCAUAGAGAGAAUCAAGCUUUAAAAACUGGACCUACUGCUGCAGCAACUGUCACUCAUGACUUGAGGACCUCUGAACAUCUCCUUAAGCAUACUAUGGAUGAAAGAGCUAAAUUAGAAGCUGACCUUAGAGCUCAGGAAGACAUUGACUCUCAGACUAUCAAUAGGCUUGAUGGCGAGAGAUGUCAUCUGAAAGUCACAGAGAGAAAUAAGGCAGAUGAAAUUGCUUCUCUUAGGUCUGAAUUAGAGUACCUUAGAAUUUCUUGUGAUAAGAAAGCAGCUGAUUCUGCCCAUUUAAGAAGAAUCGGAGAUGAUCUCAGGGCCAGCAUCAGAGUUAUUUCAGAUGAUUUUGCAGCUGAAAGAAACAUAAAUGAUGGUCUCAGGAUCAACCUAGAUCGAACUAAUAUUGCUACUGAUUCUUCAUCAGUUUCACUUCAAGAGAAAAGAGGAAGAAUUGAUGCUCUUCAUAGCCAAAUUUCUCAGAGUAAAAAUAUGCAAGACGAUCUUCAUAGAUCCUUGAAUGAUAAAGAUGAAGAUAGAAAAGCCAAACUAGCAAAGAAAUCAAAAGAAGAGAGGCAGAAAUAG